CGUCAGGCGGCGGCUCGCUCGGGACAUUCAAACUCACGGCCGACCGCGGCGCGGACGCACGCACGCACGCAUCUCCCCGCUCCAAGGUCACCCCGCCGGCCGGCCGCCCCGCGCGCAGGACGCACGCACGCACAGCCGCCGCCCGUCCCCUCCAAGCCAGCAGCCCGUCCCGCAGAGGGCCCGUGAUGCCGCCGCCGGCCGCCAGCCCCCCCGCCGUGCCCCCGCCGGACGGCGGCUGGGGGUGGGCCGUGGUGCUGGGCUCCUUCAUCUCCAUCGGCUUCUCCUACGCCUUCCCCAAGGCCAUCACCGUCUUCUUCAAAGACAUCCAGAUCAUCUUCAACGCCUCCUACAGCCAGAUCGCCUGGAUCUCCUCCAUCAUGCUGGCCGUCAUGUACGCCGCAGGGCCCAUCAGCAGCAUCCUGGUCAACACGUACGGCUGCAGGCCCAUCGUCAUGAUGGGCGGCUGCCUCUGCGCCGUCGGCAUGAUCUCCGCCUCCUUCUGCAACGACGUGCUGCAGCUGUACAUCUGCAUCGGCGUGAUCGGCGGACUUGGAUUGGCUUUCAACCUGCAGCCGGCGUUGACCAUGAUCGGCAAGUACUUCUACCACAAGCGGCCCAUCGCUAACGGGCUGGCGAUGGCGGGCAGCCCGGUCUUCCUCAGCACCCUGGCUCCGCUCAACCAGUACCUCUUCAACCACUUCGGCUGGCGGGGCAGCUUCCUCAUCCUGGGCGGGCUGCUGCUGAACUGCUGCGUGGCCGGCUCCCUCAUGAGGCCGCUUGGACCGCCGCCCGGCAGGGCCAAGAAGGACGAGGCCGUCGUCGCCACCACCACCAAGGAGAAGCGCACCUUCUGGGAGCUGAUCAACAAGUACCUGGACCUGUCGCUCUUCAAGCACCGCGGCUUCCUCAUCUACCUGUCGGGCAACGUCAUCAUGUUCGUGGGCUUCUUCGCCCCCAUCGUCUUCCUGGCCGCCUACGCCAAGGACAUGGGCGUGGACGAGUACUCGGCCGCCUUCCUCCUCUCCAUCCUGGCGUUCGUCGACAUGUUCGCCCGGCCCUCCAUGGGGCUGCUGGCCAACUCGCGCUGGGUGCGGCCCCGGAUCCAGUACUUCUUCAGCUUCGCCGUGCUGUACAACGGCGUGUGCCACAUCCUGUGCCCGCUGGCGGACGACUACACCGGCCUGGUGGUGUACGCCAUCUUCUUCGGCUUCGCCUUCGGCAUGGUGAGCUCCGUGCUGUUCGAGACGCUGAUGGAUCUGGUGGGAGCUCAGAGGUUCUCCAGCGCCGUGGGACUCACCACCAUCGUGGAGUGCUGCCCGGUUCUGAUCGGCCCCCCGCUGGCAGGAAAACUGGUGGAUGUGACCAAAAACUACAAGUACAUGUAUUUCUGCUGUGGAAGCGUGGUCAUCCUGGCCAGCAUUUGGCUCUUCAUCGGGAACUUCAUCAACUACAGACUGUUGGAGCGCGAGCGCAAGCAGGCGGAGAUGUACAAACAGGCCGAGACCGAAGACCCGGACCAGAAGGAGGCCGAAAGGAAGGCCCAGGCCUCCGAGGAUCCGGCCGGCAAGAAAGACGAGCAGCCCAUGCAGAGGGAAACCAACUUCUAACUCCACCCGCUGCAGCCUCGCAUCAACGUCACGUCCGAUCAAACUGAGCUCUGCGCCGGUCGGGAGCCUGACGGCGUUCCGCCAGGCUCCCACCGCGGCCCUUUGUACUUCUGUCAAACUAACUGCCAAAGUAACAACUGUGUUGCACGAGACUGUGAGGCUUACUGUCCGUCUGUCUGAGGAAACUCGCUGCGACUGUAAACAACGUAUUAACCAGAGAGUGUAGUGUAGGAUCCUGUAUGCAUGUCCAGAGGCUCCAGGUCCGAGACCGUCGGUGGGAACCCCCGUCCUGCCGACGGUUCUCGCCUCGUUUGGUCACAUUCACCUCAUAUCGGACGACCUGCAAACACUAUAGCCGUCUCCGUCUGGCUGAAGUGCUGUAGUGGCCAGAAAAUCUCACACGAGUUACAAAGAUUGGCUGAAAACUUUGAAAAUAGUCCGACAAUCAGUCUGGGAGAAGGUUCCGACUCCCACCCUCGCUUGUUCAGGGUUUAACUGACCCAUUCUCCAGGUUGUGAUGUUAACAGCCGAGCUUUAAUCUUCCGAUAUGAAGUGGAUGAAAUUCCGUGUUUCCACUGUUCAGCAGCACCAGCAAACUUUCCGUCCGCCUCCAGAGCGAGGCGCCGGUCCACCGUAGGCCCUGCUGUCGCUGGAGGAGGUUAUCCUGACGAGGGGGAUCAAUGAAGGAGUGCAUUAAUGGUUAGACCGACUUUCCAGUCUCUGGUUUCAGGACAGUGAAGCACUGCUCUUAAAUCACGCUUCCUCACAAAGUAGCUGUUUUAUUUUCACUACUGUUCGACCAUAUCAGACCUGCUGCAGAUCCAGGUGCUUCGCUGAUCUCGGCACUGAAACCAACCACUGAAAGAGAUUCAGUACGUCCUGAUUGUCCUAUUGACCAGUCCUUCCAUUCUCCAAGUGUCAAAGUCUAAAACAUCAGUAUUUGGAACCUUGUGUCACCGAAUCACCGUCUAGUCCCCCCCCCCCCCCCCCCCCCCCCCCCCAGCAUCCUCAUUAAACUGCUGCAAUUCAGUGGACUGAACUCUAGUUGAAUGUAAUUUCCUCUGCGGGCCUUAAUAAGGUAUUAAUGACCAAAAACCAUCUGUGGAGUGGUGGUUUCCUACACUCAGAGCCCAUGAGCAAUACAUGUGACCACUCCUCAAUGCAAACCCACAGGUCAGUCCGCUCGGUGAGACGUUGCCUUAAAUAGAAUGUAGAAGGACAGCAGGCGAGCCGGACGGCAAAUACUUGAUAGUUUUAGGUGAAGCUGAUAGAUCCUCGGUAGUCGAUGUGACCCGCUGCAUUUAGUUUUAGCUGUGAUGAACCGUCAACCUGCUGUGUUUGAUCGGAUCCGACACGUCGGAGCUUUACGUGGUCGUACUCUGCAUACUGUAAAGUCCACUAACCCACUAACCACGGCGCUCCGGAGGCCAGAGGCAUCAGAAGGGAAGCGUUACUAACGACUGAAUGCUAACCACGUGUUCCUGUACAGCUGAGUAGCCAUAUCCUGUAAGUGUGUGUCUGUAUAAAUGUCAGUGCUGUUGGAUAUUCUGACCAUUCCACGUGUUACUGUCUGUGAAUGUCGCCGGCCGGGCCGCUGAUCGCUCGCCAGACGGCGUCUCCUCUCUGUGACGUCCAUGCAAAACCUUCCAUUUGCAUUUCUUUCUGAACAAAGACAGAGUCGUUCCCCUGAGCAGGAAGAGCAGGGGCGAAACUCAUCUUCCCAGCACGAUAAGGAUGUUUAAACCCAGGCAACUGCUGAUUUCACUUUAAGAAGUGUGACUUUUUUUUUCUUUAUUAACAAAACCUGAACAAGUAGGAAGUAAAAAUCUCUUCCACUCAUAAAGCCUCGUUGUGCAGAAAACAGAGAAAAGUUCAGAACAAUUUAGCAUUGAAACCAAAAAAAAAAAAGAAAAAAUGCAGCUUUCUGAGACACUCCUUCAGGGUUUCACCGAAAAUAAGUGGAAAAUGAUCUUUUCCACUGUGUUAUUCUGAGAUGCAACAGUUAGAAAAACUUUAGAGAAGAAACUGUAAAUAAGAUAGUUUGAAAAAACAAAGCUGCACAAAGGAGUUUAUUUUUAGACUUAGUGUCACUUUAUCUUCAUCUCUCCCAGAAUGCACUGCUUCCACCAGCAUUUCACGCCACUGUCAUCAGUCCGUGCCUCACACACACACACACACACACACACACACACACACACACACACACACACACACACACACACACACAAGCACACACACACACACACACACACACACACACACACACACACCUCAGAGGGAAGAGGGGAGUGAAUGCUUCACUUCCUUCACUCCACACGGUUCUCAGUGAAGGAAUCAGCUGCUGUACAAUCAGAUCCUACCAAACACUGCCCCCUGCUGGUUCCACCUCCAGGUUUACAGAAGCCCAGUUCCCCCUCUUAACAGAUUCCAAGCAUUACUCCAUUACUUUUGUAAUGUCUAAAAACCCACGUGCUGAGUAACUUUAUCAAACUUUUUUUCUUUCUUUUCUUUUUGUUUCACUGUCUUUGGUGGUGGAUUUUAAACUUGUGUGAAGAAUCCAUUUUAAAAAGGUCUUUAUUUUCGUUACAGCUGUCGUUCUGUCUUCAGAAUUUGAUGUUUUCUCCUCUGAUAGAAUCUGUGCUGCAUGAAUAGAAAAUAGUUUGUUUUUUGGUUCAUAAUUUUCAUUCUUCAUAAAAAAAAAAAAAACGAUAUUAGGUAUUGUAUAAAAACAGAUUUGCACCAGUAGCCUUAUCAUCGCUCUGCUUAGCGUCACGUAGAUCUGAUCAUGUUCUCUAAAGGAGAUUUGUUUUAAGGUUUAACAGCUGAUCAGAGAAAAUGCGAUUAAAUGAAAAUUCGAGACUAUUUUUCCCCCUCAGAUUAUUUUUAUACGAACACAGGACGAGUUUAGACGCGGUGCGGUGGAAUCUUCACGCCUCCGUCUGAUGAGCCAAUCAGAGCCGAGCAUCAAUGUAAUCAGUAAUCCAGUCUGUAAUCUGGCGGAAUGUUGUAACUGAAGCUGAGUCGUACUCUGGGAAUGAAUGUCUGCGUUCCUCAAACUGAGAGCUCGUCUUCACUCCGACCGCAGACGGACGUCGUCCAGCAUCCGGACGUCGUCCAGCAUCCGGACGUCGUCCAGCAUCCGGUGGUCCGGGUCGGUCUGGACCGGCUUCUACCGGGUCGAUCUGGACCGGGUUCUGCUGGGUCUGUCUGGACCGGGUUCCAGGUUCUGCUGGAGCUGGAGGACUAACUGUGCCUUAUCGUGUUUCUGUCCCGGUCUGGACGCUUCGGUCCACGGUUCUCUCCUGAGUUUGCUGCGUCCGUCUCUCGUCCUGUAACUCGUCCACUCGCUUCGUCUUCGAGUCACGCCGUCGAUGUCUGAGUGUCCCGCUGAAGACAGUUGGUAUGUGUUCCCGUCCAGUCGCUGUCUCUGUGGACACAUUUAAAGCUACUUGUAACACGUUUAGUUUCAGAUCUUUCUUCUGCUUCCGUCUUUUAAACGUCCUCCAGAGCCUGUCUUCUCUGGACACAGCAUGCGGAAGCCGUCUGUCCUCUUACAUGUUGUCCCUUUAGGGACCCUGUCCACUGCUUUGUUGGCGUCAGUACAUCUGGACCCUUGUUCCCGUCCCCGGCAGAGGCUCUAGAGACUCCCGUCCCCAGCAGAGACUCCUGUCCCCAGCAGAGACUCCCGUCCCCAGCAGAGACUCCCAUCCCCAGCAGAGACUCCUGUCCCCAGCAGUGACUCCUGUCCCCAGCAGAGAC